CUAAUGAAACUUUAUGUCAUUGAUCACAGUCUGUCCUUCAGAUGUUCUCUCCUGCCAUUCCAGAUGAUGUUACCGAUGCAGAACAACUCUACGUACCUCCUCCAUGGGUGGGAUCUCACGGAUCAGAAAGGUCUGUUGGGAGCUCUUCUCUACACUCUGGGUCUCAGUUUAAUUCAUGAGACAUUAAGCGCCUUCAUUAACCUUGCCGAAAACAUCAACGUUGCUAGAUACCUUUUGGAAGGACGCAGCUAUCCGGUGACCUUUCAGCACUGUGUUUUGGCUUUCCUACACAUAUUUCGUGUCUACAUCUGUUGUCUCCUCGUGAUGUCGCUGUUUACGUGGAACACGUGGAUCGUCCUUACCUUGGGACUGGGUUCUGGAGUUGGGUAUCUGAUGAUUCGUCCCUUAAUUUUGUGUCUGCUGCACAAACAACGGAGGACAUUCACUCUUGCUUCUAACCACACCACUGACGAUAAUUCCACGACUGGGGAGCCCCUCUGCAGUACUCCAAACACAGACAUCGACACAUCAACGUCCAUUAGCAAGGACCUGCUCAGUGAAACCAUUGAAUCAACCGACCUGACCUUGCAGUGGGACUACAUGACAGUGGACUUGGAACCCAACAUCUGGAUCCCCCAAUCAAAUUGGGAUGGAUCGACGGAAAUGUUAGACACAGGAUGUGUUGGCAGAAAUUCCCCGGAGCAUUCCACCGUUUCUUGUACUAUGUAUAUGUCAGUGGUGUGAAACAUUACAAUGACAGUGGUCAGACGGUGUUAGAAAUCGACUCCGUCAUCAGAAGAUAUAUGGACAUGCUCCUUCCGUGUUAUUAGAAACACAAAAGUCUGCAUCUUUUAUCGCCUUAAAAUUUCUGUGACU